CCUCACAGUCAGGGCUCCAUUUUCCUCGGGCUCCGGACUGACUCUCGGAUUGCUGGGACUUUGUGUGGCCCUCGGCGGAGUUGAGAAUGAAGCGGACCCCCUCCAUGCUGGUCCUGCUAAUGGUCAUUCUUGGUUUUGGACAUGGCCUCCAUUUUGAGGUGGUGAAGAGAAGCAGAAAACCGGAGGAGGGAACUGUGGAAUUAGUGAGGCAUAAGCGGGAAUGGAUCAUCCCACCAGUUUCAAUUUAUGAAGAGCAGGACAAUUCUUUUAAGAAUCCUAUUGCAAAGAUAACAUCUGACAAGGUAGAGCCAAAUCGUAGAAUUCGAUACUCAAUCACCGGACAGGGAGUUACUCAACCUCCACUAGGUAUAUUUAUUAUAAAUGAAAAUACCGGAGAAAUGAACGUCACUGGAAUCGUGGACAGAGAAGAAAUCUCCAUGUUUUAUUUAAAAGGCUAUGCCCGAGACCAAUACGGUUUGGAUGUUGAGCCGCCUAUAGACCUCAGAGUAAGGGUUCUCGACAUCAAUGAUAACGAUCCAGUUUUUACACAAAACGUAUUUGUUGCAGCAGUGGAAGAGUUGAGUCCUGCAAACAGCAUUGUUAUGGUGCUAAAUGCAACUGAUGCAGACGAAGCCAACACCAUCAAUUCUAAACUUGCCUACAGAAUUCUGUCUCAAGAUCCUGGAUCAUAUGAAUUCAUGGUGACUAAGAAUGGUGAAGUUAUCACAACCGUGUCUACACUUGAUAGAGAGACACAAAGCAGCUACUCUUUGACUGUUGAAGUGAGAGAUCUAAAUGGAGAUCUUCAGAGAGGCAAAGCCCAUACAGCUACCGUCCAAGUUAAAGUAAAGGACGUCAAUGACAACAUUCCUGUACUCGAAAAGGAACAGUAUGAAGGAGACGUUGAGGAAAAUGUUGCCAAUGUUGAAAUAUUACGUAUGAAGGUGUUUGAUAAUGAUGAGGAAUUCACCGAUAACUGGUUUGCUAACUUUACUAUAGUGUCAGGCAAUGAAGGCAACCAUUUUGAAAUCCUAACGGAUCCACAAACCAAUGAAGGAGUGCUAAUGCUGGUGAAGGAAGCAGAUUAUGAAAUGAUGAAGACUGCUGAACUGAGUGUCGUGGUUUCAAACCGAGCAGAAUAUCACAGCUCAAUUAAGUAUCUGGUCGGAGGAGGAGGAGGAGGAGGAGGAGGAGGUGGAGCUGGUGGUGGUAGCGGUGGUGGUAAAGCUAUCCCCAUAAGAGUGAAGGUGAAGAAUGUUCAUGAGGGUCCUGUUUUCAAGCCCAAGAGGAAAAUUUUUCCUGUUUCUGAAGGAAAAACUAUAAUAAAUACAGUCAUUGGAUCAUAUCAGGCAUUUGAUGAAGACACAGGGAAAGUGGCUGAACAUGUCAAGUAUGCCAAGGAAUAUGAUCCAGAUAAUUGGUUUAUGAUUGAUCAAACUACAGCUGAAAUUAAACUUAUAAAAAUGCCUGAUCGGGAGUCUAUAUUUGUAGUCAAUGGAACCUAUAUAGCUAAAAUCUUGGCUAUUAGUGAAGAUAUUCCAGGAAAGACUGCAACUGGAACUAUAGCUAUAGAGGUGGAAGACGUAAAUGACAACUGCCCUGUUCUAGUAAAUCCAGAUCAGACAGUUUGUAAUAAUGUACCAUUCAUCAACUUGACAGCAAUGGAUCCCGAUGGCUUUCCCAAUGGUGCUCCACUGAAAUUUACGAUUGUAGAUGAACCUGCUGGGAGCGCUAAGAUGUGGUCAAUUGGGAAAACUGAUGAUGUUAGUGCACAGCUGAUCCCAAAAGAUAUAUGGGAGGGGCGACAUCAAGUUAAAAUUCUAGUAACGGAUAACCAAGGAUUGAGUUGUCCAGAGAAACAAGUUCUGACACUGGCAGUUUGCACUUGUAAUAAUGAUGGUUAUGCAUGCAGUGAAAUGCGGACUGACACUUCCAUAGGCCUGGGAGGUGGUGCCAUUGCUCUCAUGAUACUUGCUUGUCUACUAUUACUGUUGGUGCCCCUCCUGUUGCUUUUAUGUUACUGUGGAUCAGGAGGGAAGGGAUUUUUGGCUGUAGAUGGCCCCGAGCAGUCCAUCCUUAUACAAAACAAAGAAGGUCCAGAACCUGUCGACACAGCAGCUCUUCCAUCUGCAAUUGGAACAGUUGGUUCUGCUGGACUUGGUGCCGGAACUGGGGUUGGCAUGAGAGAUGGCUAUGGUAUGCAAUCAAUGGAUGGCUAUGGCUACAGCAAGGAUAUGUACCAUUCAAGUAUGGGAGUGGAAAGACAUUACGAUGAAAACCAGGUUCUUCUGAGUAGAGAAGAAAUGACAGCAGGCUCUCUUGGUGGUAACAUGAGAAUGAUCAGCGGUCUGGCCUCAGCUGCUGGGGCCGGAGCAGGAGCUGGAUAUGGUUAUGGUAUUGCUGGUGGCGCCGGAGGUCAGGCAGCUCUGAAUGAGGGAUUCAUUAAAGGAUAUUUUUAUGACAAAGUCUUGGGGUGUGCUGAUGAAGACGUGGCCCAGGCAGCAAAGGAUUGUAUUCUAAUUUAUUCACAGGAAGGAACAGGUUCAAUUGCUGGUUCGGUUGGCUGCUGCAGUUUAAUUGAAAGUGAAUUUGAAGAGGACUACCUGGAUGACUUAGGUUUCAAGUUCAAAACUCUGGCAGAUAUUUGUCAGGGUGGAAACAGUGGCGUGCAAAUUUCACAGUAUAAAUCCCAUGAGGAGCUUAACCAAGGUACCUUUGAGUCCGAAGCCAUCGCAGAUAUCCGUGCAGCCCAGAAUGAAGAGACUGCAGAAAAGCAUUACCAGGCGAUGGACAAUUCUUACAUGUCAUCAGAAUCCCAGGUUCAGAGGUUAAAACCUGAAAGUGUGGUUAGAGAGAAUGUGGUGGUUGAGGAGUCUAAUGUGUCUUCUAGAUAUGUAAAAGAGCCAGCUCUGCGAGGUAAUGUGCUUGUGACUGAAAAAUCGUAUACCACUGCUCCCACAAUAAUUCUGGAGCCAGUACGUCAGCAGAAUUUACUGGUGACAGAAAGGAUCAUUCGGCCUGCAUCUAGUUUACAUAACUUGGUUGAUAUUCCUGAGGGUGAAAAUGUUAUGGUAACGGAAAGGAUGAUCAACAACGGUUUUUCUGGUUUUAGGAGUGAGCCUCGUGAUUCACAGUAUAUGCUGGUAACAGAGAGGGUUCUUGGCCCCAGCUCGAAUCUAAAUUCCACCAUAAGCAUUCCUGAUCAGUCUGUGAGGCAGAACGUAGUAGUUACUGAGAGGCAUUACACUCCUAUAACAGCCAUUAAUGGCAACGCAGUGAUUCCAGUAGAAGUGUCGGGGGCGCAAAACCUAGUAAACGAAAGUGUCUCAAUCUUAGAUGGAGGAGUCCAAGGCCAAACGCACUUCAAACAGGGCGGCUAUUUGGUGGAGGAGCUACAACCAGCAAGUAGUAAUGUAGAGAAGUCUGCGAGCAGGGUGACAAAAUACAGCACAGUACAGUAUACUCGGUCCUAAUGGGGGGGAGUCUUUGUUCAUGUAAAAAUAAUACUGCUUGCUUUAACUGAAUAAUCAUUUAUUAUGGAAUGUUCAUGCCAUAGUCAUAUACCCCCCCCCCAGAGGACCCUAUAAAAUGGUACAUUUCUGACGUCUUCCCCGUUUGUGACAUCUGAUAAAUCUAUAUGCUUUCCAAAAUAUGUUCCAUUAAGCAUCCACCUUUGACUGUUUGCACAUAGUGUUGAAAGCAUUCCUGGUAGGAUGGGAUUCAUCCUUGACUUGUAUUCUAAAUAGUUUUCAAGUCCAACAGCAAACACAUUUUAAAGUUUUUACUUACAUCAAACACGACUGUAGAAUAGUUACAAGGAUAUAUUCACACGUGGCGGAACUUUCCCUGGGGUAUAAACCAGCUGAUUUGUAAAUGUGUUUUGUUUUUUAUCACUUUACAUAUCAGAUUUUAGCGAGAUUGUAUUAAACUGAUGUUUUUUUUUUUUUUUUUUAUUAUUAUUUUUUUUUCUUGUCUGGUAAUUAUCACCUUGCGUGAUCUACCCUGCGAUUUUUAGGUUUCUGCCUAAGGUUUGACAAACCUGCAUAGCAUUCAAUUUUCAAAUAGUUUUGUCGAGGCCAAGACCUUCCACAACUAUGCCUGAAUUUAUAAACACUACAUUUUUUUUAAUUUUUUUUUUUUUAAUGUACAUAUUCAGAUUACAAUCGAGACUAAAGUACUUACUGAGUAAAUGUUUCUUAAGUUAGUUUUAACUUCUGGUAAUGUAGGUUUUGUAUCACAUUAGUAUUUUAUUUUUUUAUCUAGCCUUUUUUCUGAAAGGUAACUGCAAACCUUUUGCGAAACGGCCUAAUGUAUAUGAUGUACAUAUAUGACCUGAACUGUCAGUCAUUGGAAAUUAGUUUUGGCUAUGUCACUUUGAUAUCUGCUAGCCAAGGCCUCGUUCACAUCUCCUAUAAGGAGAUUCGGCUGUCGGCCAGCAUUUAUGCCGGAAAGUGGGUGGAUCACCGCCAGACCUUAUUACAGGCAAUAGGCUUCCAGCGGCGAAGUAGAGAAUCCAGCAACGCCGGAACAGCCUGCCGGAUCUCCAUAACAGAUGUGACCGUAACCUAAUAUGAUUGCAGAGAUUUUUUU